AUGGGUAGCGCAGAAGGGGGAGACCAACCUGAGGGGGAAGCUGCGGAAAAUUCAGCCAAAGGAAAAGCGGAAGGUCAUGUGGAAAACUCAAGGGAGGACCUCGAUGAGGCGAGCAGUUUCCUUGCCAGCCUCGCCAACGUGGUGGACCAAAAUGACGUGGACAGAGUAAACAGCAGGGGAAACAAAAAAACGAAAAAGGAAAAAAAAAAACAAAAAAGAGAAUACCUAAAGGAAAAGAGGAAGAAGAAUAGACCAGAAGAAAAAAAAAAAAGAAAAGAAAAGAAAAAAAAUGAUCUAUUGAAAAAAUUAAAUGGUAUGAAUUCUAGUGAGAGGAUACAGUUUCUAGCCGAAAGGAGAGCUUUACAGGAAGAGAAAAAAAAAAAGAGGCAAGAAUUUCUAAUGAAGGCAUACAAUGAGGGGUAUAAAAUCUGCUACAACUGUAGUUUUUUAAACCAAAUGGGAGAGAAGGAAGUGUCCAGUUUAGCCAAGCAGGUUUUUCUGGGUUACCACUACAUGAUCAAGGAGCAGUUGCCUGUGCAGUUCCAUUUUACUAGCUUAACCAGCAACGACGAAUUCUACACACAGCUCAGAGAGAAGUAUUCAUUGGGGAAGUGGCGUGUUCACAUUCACUCAGAGGACUACUGGGAUUUGUUCCCGAGGGAGAAGAUUGUCGUUUUAUCCCCCGACGCGCAGGAGGAACUGACCGAAGUUCGAGACGACGAGGUUUACAUCAUUUCUGCGCUGGUUGAUCGGAGCGUUUCCAAGAAUCUGUCCUUCUCCCAGGCGUCCCUGCACAACUUAGUGACGAAGAAGUUACCCAUGGAGAAAUAUUUUAAGAAAAAAAAAAGCAACGUACUGAACGUUAACACUGUGGUGGAAAUUUUAAUCAGUUUUUUAAAAAACAAAAACUGGAUGAAGGUUUUCAAAGAGUGUGUGCCACAAAAAAAAGUGCUCUGCUUCUGUAACGGCGCCUCAACAGAGGGACACAAAGAUGAACAAGCAGACGCGGAUGACGGGAAAAAAACGGAUGAACCGUAUUUGGAGGAUAACGAAAAGAAGUACGUCCACCCGGAUCCGUUAUGA